UGAAAAAAAAAAAGAAAAGAAAAUCCAGAUUCCCGUCUGAGGCAAUCCUGGGAUUGAUCCGGAAGCCGGAAGCGGUGCAAAGGCCAGAUCCGUUGCCCAAACUCCACCUGCCCGCCUGUCCGUCAUGUCGGGGCCUGUGCCAAGCAGAGCCAGAGUUUACACGGAUGUAAAUACCCACAGACCACGGGAGUACUGGGAUUACGAGUCGCAUGUGGUGGAGUGGGGGAAUCAAGACGACUACCAGCUAGUUCGGAAGUUAGGCCGGGGCAAAUACAGCGAAGUCUUCGAAGCCAUCAACAUCACAAAUAAUGAAAAAGUAGUCGUUAAAAUUCUGAAGCCGGUGAAAAAGAAGAAAAUUAAACGAGAAAUCAAAAUCCUGGAGAACCUGCGAGGUGGUCCCAACAUCAUCACCCUUGCCGACAUAGUGAAGGAUCCAGUGUCACGGACCCCUGCCUUGGUGUUUGAGCACGUGAACAAUACAGAUUUUAAGCAAUUAUACCAGACGUUAACGGACUAUGACAUCCGGUUCUACAUGUAUGAAAUCUUGAAGGCCCUGGAUUAUUGCCACAGUAUGGGGAUCAUGCACAGAGACGUCAAACCUCACAACGUUAUGAUUGAUCACGAGCAUCGAAAG